UUUUUGUCUCCUGCCAGGUAUCAUGAUAUUACUUGGUGUGAUUUGAAGCCAUUUGUGAGACUUUAAAUCUUCUCCCGAAAAUGGAAAGCCUAGUGCGGUCCAUCCCAGGAGCUCUUGGCUGUUGCUGAUGGCAGAAAGCAAACUCACUAGUGGUUCACUGGCAGCCCCUGAGUGUCAGCCCAGCCUGUGUCAUCCUGGCCAUGGAGGGUGCUGGGGCAGUGCAGGAUGGCCUGUUGGAGGACAGGUGCAGCAGUGGCACCUCAGCUCGCCCCGAGGCCCCCCCGGAGCCCCCAGGCACCCUGGCGCCUCUGGACCAGUGGGAUGAAGCCCAGCGUGCCAGUGCCACGGUACACAGAGCUUCGGAUGAGGGAGGAAGCCAAGGGGACCCUUGUCCAAACGGGCCAACGCUGCAGUUCCCAGACCCUCUGCCGCCAGUGGGUCCUGAUGCCUCGCCAGGUGUGGCUGGUUUCCAUGACAACCUAAGGAAGUCUCAGGGGACUAGUGCUGAGGGCAGUGUAAGAAAAGAAGCUUUGCAGUCCCUCAGACUCAGUCUUCCUAUGCAAGAAACGCAACUGUGCUCCACAGAGGCUUCUCUGCCCCUGGAGAAGGAGGAGCAGGUCCGACUUCAGGCUCGGAAACGGCUGGAAGAGCAGCUCAAACAGUACAGAGUGAAGCACCAGCAGGAAAGGUCCGUUCAGCCUGUAACUAAAACAAGACUUUUCAGCACACUUGAUCCUGAACUCAUGUUGAACCCUGAAACCUUACCAAGGGCCAGUGCUGUGGCUAUGACAAAAGAAUAUUCCUUCCUGCGCACCAGUGUCCCCCGGGGGCCGAAGGUGGGCAGCUUAGGGCUCUUGGCACAUCCUAAGGAGAAAAAAAGUGCCAAAUCAAGCAAAAUUCGGUCUCUGGCUGAUUACAGAACUGAAGAUUCAGACAGUCGGAAUUCUGGUGGAGAUGUCCCGGCUGCAGACUCUGCCAGGGGUUCCCUGAAGCAGAACCGAAGCAGCGGGGCAUCCGUGGUGUCCGAGAUCAGCCUGCGCCCCGAGGUGGACGACCGCCUGGAGGAGGCGGCCCUGACAGGGGACAACGCAUCUGAGGCAGACGGGAAUGAGAGCGACAGCUCCUCCUGCAGCGGUGCCUCCGCCCUGGGGGCACUCGGCCACCUGGGGCGCAGCGCGGGAGCUCGCGAGGCCCCCUACGUGGUCCAUGGCCAGGAGAUUGCUGCCAGCGCCCUGGGCCAGUUCCCCUCCAUCGCGGACGUCCUCCAGGCUGCAGCCGCCGAGCACCAAGACCGGAGGCAGGAGGUCAAUGGGGAGACGCGCAGCCGCGCCGACAGCAUCUGCAGCAGUGCAUCCAUGGAAAGCUCUGUGGCCGAAACGCAAGAUGAAAUGUUGCAGGUUCUUAAGGAGAAGAUGAGACUUGAAGGACAGCUGGAAGCUUUAUCGUUAGAGGCUAGUCAGGCACUUAAAGAGAAGGCAGAGCUGCAGGCACAGCUUGCUGCCCUGAGCACGAGGCUCCAGGCACAGGUGGAGUUCAGCCACAGCAGCCAGCAGAGGCAGGACUCACUCAGCUCGGAGGUUGACACCUUAAAGCAGUCUUGCUGGGACCUAGAGCAGGCAAUGACCGACCUGCAGAACAUGCUGGAAGCCAAGAAUGCCAGCCUGGCGUCCUCCAACAGCGACCUGCAGGUGGCAGAGGAGCAGUACCAAAGACUGAUGGCCAAAGUGGAGGAGAUGCAGAGAAGCAUCCUCAGCAAGGACAACACAGUGCACGACCUGCGACAACAGAUGACAGCCUUACAGAGCCAGCUGCAGCAGGUGCAGCUGGAGCGCACAACGCUGGCCAGCAAGCUGAAGGCGUCCCAGGCCGAAAUCUCGUCUCUGCAGAAUGUGCGGCAGUGGUACCAGCAGCAGCUUGCCCUGGCCCAGGAGGCCCGGGUCAGACUGCAGGGCGAGAUGGCCCACAUCCAGGUUGGACAGAUGACCCAGGCGGGCCUCCUGGAGCACCUGAAACUGGAGAACGUGUCCCUGUCCCACCAGCUGACGGAGACCCAGCAGAAGUCCAUCAAGGAGAAGGAGCGAAUCGCCGCCCAACUCCAGGGCAUCGAGGCUGACAUGUUGGACCAGGAGGCUGCCUUUGUGCAGAUUCAGGAGGCAAAGACGAUGGUGGAGGAGGACCUGCAGAGGAAGCUGGAGGAGUUUGAAGACGAGAAGGAGCAGCUGCAGAAGAUGGUGGCCUCAGCAGCAACGCUGGAGCAGCACUUAGAGCAGGUGAAGGUGACUUUGCUUCAGCGAGACCAGCAGCUUGAGGCUUUGCAGCAGGAGCAUUUGGACCUGUUGAAGCAGUUCACCGCGACCCAGGAGGCUUUGCAGACCCGGGAACAGUCCCUGGGUGGCCUGCAGAUGCAGUAUGACGAACUGCAGGCCAGGCUGGAGGAGCUGCAGGGGGAGGCCGCCUCCAAGGACGACGCGAUCCAUUUCCUGCAGAACGAGAAGAUCGUCUUGGAGGUGGCUCUGCAAGCAGCCAAGAGCAGCAGGGAGGAGUUUGCUAGAGGAGCAAAACGCCUGGAAGAAGGUACCCAGGAGACGUCAGAAACUUUAGAGCAGCUGAGACGAGAGUUAGCCAUCAAGUCCGGCCAGGUGGAGCAUCUGCAACAAGAAGCUGCCGCUCUGAAAAAGCAGACGCAGAAGAUAAAGGAACAGUUUCUUCAACAAAAGGUGAUGGUGGAGGCCUACCGCCGGGACGCCACCUCCAAAGACCAGCUCAUCAGUGAGCUGAAGGCCACAAAGAAGAGGCUGGACUCGGAGAUGAGGGAGCUGAGGCAGGAGUUCAUCCAACUUCAGGGGGAGAAGAGGUCGGUGGAGGUGGAGCACACGCGCCUGCAGAGGGAAGUGUCCCAGGCCCGGCAGCAGGUGGUGGACCUUGAAGGGCAUCUCCAGUCUGCGCAGAGGGAGCGCGAUGAGGCAGAGACACGCUUGCAGUCAUUGCAGCUGGAUAAAGAGCAGAUGGUUGCUCUUACGGAGGCCAACGAGAUGCUCAAGAAACAGAUAGAGGAGCUGCAGCAAGAAGCCACGAAGGCCAUCACCGAGCAGAAGCAGAGGAUGAAGCGGCUGGGCUCAGACCUGAGCAGUGCGCAGAAGGAGAUGAAGACCAAGCAUAAGGCCUACGAGAACGCCGUGGGCAUCCUCAGCCGCCGCCUGCAGGAGGCCCUGGUGGCCAGGGAGGCCGCUGAGGCCGAGCUGCGCCAGCUGAGAGCCCGGGCGGCUGACGGCGGCAGCGACCUGGCUCUGCACGAGAGGAUCCAGGCCCUGGAGGCGGAGCUGCAGACCGUCGCCCACAGCAAGACAAUGCUGGAGCGGGAGCUCCAAGAGGUCAUCGCGAUGACCGGCCAGGAGCUGGAGGAGCACCGGGAGAAGGUGCUGGAGCUGGAGGACGAGCUCCAGGAGUCCAGAGGCUUUAGGAGGAAGAUAAAGCGCCUUGAGGAGUCGAAUAAGAAGUUGGCUCUUGAGUUAGAACAUGAGAGAGGGAAGCUGACGGGCCUGGGACAGUCCAAUGCAGCUUUGCGGGAGCACAACAGCAUCUUGGAAACAGCUCUGGCCAAGAGGGAAGCAGACCUAGUUCAGCUGAAUCUUCAGGUGCAGGCGGUUUUGCAGCGCAAGGAAGAGGAGGACCGCCGGGUGCAGCAGCUGGUCCAGGCCCUGCAGGCCGCGCUGCAGAAGGAGAGGUCGACAGCGCAUAGCCUGGAGGAGCAGGUUGCUGCUGCCAAGGCGGAAGCGGGCCAUAACCGCCGCCACUUCAGGGCCGCCACCUUAGAGCUGAGCGAGGUGAAGAAGGAGCUGCAGGCCAAGGAGCAGGCGGUGCGGAGGCUGCAGGCAGAGGCCGACGGGCUCCAGAUUCAGGAGGGGAAGCAUUCCCAGGAAGUAGCACAGUUCCAGGCAGAGCUGGCCGAGGCCCGGACGCAACUCCAGCUCCUGCAGAAGCAGCUGGACGAGCAGCUGAGCAAAGAGCCCGUGGGAACCCAAGAGAUGGAAAAUCUCAAAUGGGAGGUGGAUCAGAAGGAGAGAGAAAUCCAGUCCCUGAAGCAGCAGCUGAACUUGACAGAACAGCAGAGUAAAAAGGAAUUGGAUGCAAUACAGCAGUCAUGGCAGAACAUUAAAGCUGAGCUGGAAAUGGUGCGGGGAGACCUGUCCACGACCCAGAAAGACAAAUUCACGCUUCAGGCUAAAGUGUCAGAACUGAAGAACAACAUGAAGACUCUACUUCAGCAAAACCAGCAGCUCCAGCUGGACCUGCGACGUGGUGCAGCCAAGACGAGGAAGGAGCGGAAAGGCGACGCCAGCUCUUCCAGCCCCGUGACGCCAGUGAAGGUCCCCGACUGCCCUGUCCCCGCCUCACUGCUGGAGGAGCUGCUGCGACCCCCACCGGCCGUCAGCAAGGAGCCCCUCAAGAACCUCAACAGCUGCCUGCAGCAGCUCAAGCAGGAGAUGGACAGCCUGCAGCGCCAGAUGGAGGCUCACACAGUCACUGUGCACGAGUCGCUGUCCUCAUGGACUCAGGGGGACCCCGCCAGCCCCGCCCCGUCGGGAGAUCACGCCAACCCCCGAGGGGACACGAAGCGACACAGUCAGGGCAGGGCCUCCGAAGAGGGGCUUGGAACAGCGACCGCCCAGCAGCCCCACCCCGAGUGUUCGUAGCUACCCAGAGGGAUGUCCUCGUACCGAUGUUGCUCAUUGGACUGUGCGCUCUCUGUUUCUCUAAGAUGAGAUUUAAGGUUUGCGUUUGCCUCUACAAGGAGCACAGCAGGGCGAGAGCCCGGGGUCAAGAAAUCGUCAUUUGCAGAU